CCCGAAAUCUUCAAACCGCCGCCUUUCACACCUUCAGAAGAUCCCGACCUCCGCCAAAAAUCUAAGGAAUGGAUCGACGAGCACACUGUUGAGGAGCUCGAGGGUUUGGAAGAUGACCCUGAUGUCGAUGACAAUCGCUUCCUAGAAGAGUACAGGAAGCGGAGGCUGGCAGAGAUGCAGGCGGCGGCUAGGGUUGCUCGGUUCGGAUCAGUGCUUUUGAUAACGGGGUCCGAUUUCGUCCGCGAGGUUUCUCAGGCCCCUGCUGAUGUCUGGGUCGUCGUGCUUCUCUUCAAGGAUAGCUUUCCACAAUGUGAGUUACUUCUACAAUGCUUAGAGGAGCUUGCUGCUAGAUACCCAGGCACAAAGUUUGUUAAGAUUGUCUCUACAGACUGCAUUCCUAGAUAUCCUGACCAUAACCUUCCAACUAUUUUGGUGUACAAUAAUGGAGCUGUGAAAGGAACUUAUGUAGGUCUGCAUCACUUUGGCUCGCGGAGAUGUACUCCUGAAGCCGUUGCUCUAGCUCUGUGCAAGUCUGAUCCGGUUCUUAAUGAUGGCCAUAAUAGUAGUGGUUUGUCGAAGAAUGCUGUGAUAGAAGGAGAAAGCAAGAGGUUGAUAGAGAAGUUUGUGAAACAGCAUGAAGAUGAAGAAGACUAUACGAGCGACUGAAGUCCUCUUUUUUUUUUUUUUUUUUUUUUUUUUUUGGUUGAAGUUUUCGUCUCAGUCUACUGAGUGCUUCUCACUGGAUGCCUAUAAACCUUGGACCAUGUGUCUUUUUUGGGAAAAAUUAUUACGUCUGGAGUCCAAUAAAAAUCACGCCACGUGGAGGUGAUAGAAAAAUAAAAAAAAUUCGUUUUAGCACAAGGGAAUAUUCCUCCGUGUUAUUUUGUGUUAUUCAGAUGUUAUUGUGGUGAUAUUCAUAUAUUAUUGUGUUCUGAGAAUAUU